CGCUGUCGCAGUGAGCGGCGGGCGGUGCUGCCGUGAGGGGGCACCGGGCGGCGACAGCGGCCCCGCGGGUCCCCUCCGAGGUGAAAAGCAGAGGCAUCCAAGUAGCUCAGUGCAGUUAGGCAUUCCCCUCCCGCGUGCCUGGGUGGGCAGGGAGAGCGCAGCUGUCUCCCAGAGAGCCCGGCUUCUCCCCUCUCCUAAUUGAGCGCUGGCAGCAGCGAGAGUGGGGCUCUCGCUGUUUGGGAUGAGCGGGCAGGACUGAGAAGAUUUUUUGCUCACUGUAGGAGCCGGAGAGGCUUGGAUUUGUCAGAGGGAAAUGCUGCAGCAUGAACCCACCGCCUAGAGAGACCGGCUCGCACCUCCCCGGCGCCGCUGCCUGAGCCAGCCCCACACCGCAGCCGUCCGUCCGUCCGUCCGUCCGUCCGGCGGGGAGCCUGCACGGGGAGCGCCGCCGGGAGCAGCCCAGCCCAGCCGGGCUCCGGCGGGAUGCGCUCGCCGCCGCCUUCAUGCCGGCAGGGGGGACGCUGAGCCGCCGCUCCGCCCGGCCCGGAGCCACCCACGUGCGGUCCCCGGUGAAGGCGGCCGGUGGUGCGGGCGGGCACCGCUGAGCCUUUGGCCGCAGGAGCCCGCGGCGCUCCCCGGGGCGGCGGCGGCGGCGGCGGCGGGUCCCGCCCGGCGGCCGCGAUCCGGUGCCCCAUGGUGGUGCUGCGGAAGCUGCCGGGCAUGCCGGGCUGGCCGGCGGCGCUGGGGCUGCGGCUGCCGCAGAAGUUCCUGUUCCUGCUCUUCCUCUCGGGCCUGCUCACGCUCUGCUUCGGGGCCCUCUUCCUCCUGCCCGAUUCCUCCCGCUUCAAGCGCCUCUUCCUACCCCGCCGGGCCACCGCCUCCGCCUCCUCUUCAUCCUCCGCCUCCUCGUCCUCCGCCUCCUCCUCCUCCACCCGCGACACCGACCUGCCCCGCAGCCCCCCCGCCGCCGCCGAGCCCCGCCACGCCAGCCCCGCCGCCCCCCGCCGCCUGCGGGAGAAGCUCCGCACCGCCGCCCGCAUGGCCGGCCCGCCCGCCCGCACCGCGCCCGGCGCCCGGCAGCAGGUGCAGGGCGGCGAGGGGCGACCCGAGCCCGCCACCGGCGCGACCCCCGCCCGGGAGACGCGGGCUCCGUUCCGCUUCGACUACGAGCGGUUCCGCCGGAGCCUCCGGCACCCGGUGCGGGGCGGGCGGCCCGGAGAGGACCCCGAGACCCGCGCCCGAAGGAUGAAGAUCAAAGAGAUGAUGAAAUUUGCUUGGGAUAACUACAAGCAAUAUGCACUUGGAAAGAACGAGCUGCGCCCGCUGACCAAGAACGGCCACAUCGGGAACAUGUUUGGAGGCCUUCGAGGAGCAACUGUGAUCGAUGCCUUAGAUACCCUCUACAUCAUGGAACUCGAGGAGGAAUUCCAAGAAGCCAAGAAGUGGGUGGAGAAGAGCUUUGACUUGAAUGUGAAUGGAGAAGCAUCCUUGUUCGAGGUGAACAUCCGCUACAUCGGAGGGCUGCUGGCCACCUACUACUUGACUGGAGAAGAGGUGUUCAAGAGUAAAGCUCUGGAACUCGGAGAGAAACUUUUGCCAGCUUUUAACACCCCCACUGGAAUCCCACGUGGCGUCAUAAAUCUGGGCAGUGGCAUGAGUUGGAGCUGGGGUUGGGCAUCAGCUGGAAGCAGCAUCUUGGCAGAAUUUGGUACCUUGCACUUAGAAUUCCUGCACCUCUCCGAGCUCUCUGGCAACCCGGUGUUUGCAGAAAAGGUGAUGAACAUCCGCAGAGUCCUCAACAGAGUGGAGAAGCCCCAGGGCCUUUAUCCCAACUUCCUCAGCCCGGUGACAGGGAACUGGGUGCAGCACCACGUCUCCAUUGGGGGGCUUGGGGACAGCUUUUAUGAAUAUCUCAUCAAAUCUUGGCUGAUGUCAGACAAGAAAGACUUGGAAGCUAAAAAGAUGUACGACGAUGCACUAGAGGCAAUAGAAAAGCAUUUGGUCAAAAAGUCUGCUGGAGGAUUGACCUACAUCGCUGAAUGGAGGGGAGGCAUCUUGGACCACAAAAUGGGCCACUUGGCUUGUUUCUCUGGGGGCAUGAUUGCACUUGGAGCUGAAGAUGCUGGAGAAGAGAGGAGGCAGAGGCACAUGGAUCUGGCUGCAGAAAUAACAAACACGUGUCACGAGUCUUAUGCACGCUCAGAUACCAAACUGGGCCCCGAAGCCUUUCGCUUUGAUGCCGGGAGUGAAGCCAUGGCAACCAGGCUGAGCGAGCGCUACUACAUCCUGCGGCCCGAGGUGGUGGAGAGCUACAUGUACCUGUGGAGGCUCACCCACGACCCCAAGUACAGGCAGUGGGGCUGGGAGGUGGUCAAGGCCCUGGAAAAACACUGUAGAGUAGAAGCUGGUUUUUCUGGCAUCAGAGAUGUUUACACCACAACCCCAACCCACGACAACAUGCAACAGAGUUUUUUCCUCGCAGAGACUCUGAAGUACCUCUAUCUUCUGUUCUGUGAAGAUGACGUGCUGUCCCUGGACGACUGGGUGUUCAACACCGAGGCUCAUCCCCUGCCAGUCAACCACACGAACUUUAAAGCAGCUGUGCAGCAGUGAGGCCCUUGCCCAGCACCUGCUUCUGUGGGUCACUGCUUUUCCUUUCCAUUAAAGGAAUCCCUGUUGUUCCUAAAAUGGUAUUUUGGGGCACUAGUCCAAUUCCGGACAGUAUUCUACUGGGAAGAUGGAACCAUGAUGUAAGCACCUUCUUUUCCUCUGUGAGGAGCUCUAUUAGCCUGAUAAUGAGAUGUUUAUUCUGGGCCAUAUUGUACACAGUUCAUAGACAUUCCUUUAUACAGAGAAUUUAUAUGAAAUCCACUGAUUUUGCUUUAUAGUGGCCAAAGGACUGGAAGUUUGCCAUAAAAUAGACACAAACACACACACACACAUCCUCCUUUCCUUUUUCUGUUUCAUUUUUGCCUUUUAUAUGCUCUUGGAUUUAUCAGCUUUCUAAUGAACAGUUUUCAACAUACUGUGCUUUCUGGUGGUGGGCUUUGGGGGCACUUUGGGAAGGGCAGGAGAAUGAGGAAGGGGAGUUGCCCUUGAUGUGGAGUGUGUGGGGAUGGAUGAGGAGCCAACUGAGAGCUCAGGGCUUGGGAUUAAAGAGAGGACAGGGAAAGAUGACCUUACAGUGGGUGGCUGCUGUAGGCACCUGACCAGGGAGAACAAGAGGAUCAGACCCUCUACAGACAGGUAGGAGCAGCAUCAGGUGUGAAUUUGCAGACCUUGGUCUUCAUGGGGGACUUCAACCCUCCUGGUAUCUGCUGGAGGGACACACAGCAGGGAAUGAGCAAUCCAGGAGGUGCUUUGAGUGGAUUGAUGAUAAAUUCCUCCCCCAAGUGACAGAGGAGCCAACGGAGGGGCUCUGCUGACCUCACACCAGCCAGGGGCUCGCUGGGGAUGUGAAGGUCAAAGGCAGCUCUGGCUGAAGCGACCGUGAGCUGGUGAGUUCAGCAUCCUGAGGGCAGGAAGGAGGGGAAAAAGCAAGCUCAGCCCUGGGCUUCAGGAGAGCAGACUUGGACCUCUUCAAAGAUCUGCUUGGAAGAGUCCUAUGGGAUCAGACCUGGAGGGAAGAGGGGCCUGAGAAAGCCAGUAAAUAUUCAAGAGUCAUGUCCUCCAAGCUUAAGAGAGUUCCAUUCCAGUGAGCAGGAAGUCAGGCAAAAAUGCCAGGAGGGCUCUGUGGAUGAGCAGAGAACUCCCAGUCAAACUCAGACACAUGAAGGAAGCUGAGGGUGGAAGCAGGGACAGGUAACCUGGGACCACUGCAGAAACAUUGUCUGAGCAUCCAGGGCUGACAUUAGGGAAGCUAAAGCCCAAAUGGAAUUGAAUUCAGGCAGAAAUGUCAGUGACAAGAAGAAGGGCAUCUAUAAGAAAAUAGGAUACAGAAGGAAGAUUGGGAAAAUGAGGGCCCACUGUUGAACAAGACAGGAAACCUGUUACACAGGACAUGGAAAAGGUGGAGAUACCAAAUGUUGCCUUUGCCUCUGUCUUGACUGGCAGGACCAGGACUCCCAGGUUCCACAGACUGGGGGGGAAGGCUGGAGCAAGGAAAGGUGUUCCUUCUCCUUCCCUCAGCACAGGUGAGGCUACACCUGGAGUGCUGUGUCCAGUUCUGGGCACCCCAGUACAGGAGAGACAUGGACAGGCUGGAGAGAGUGCAACAAACGGCCAAGGAGAUAAUUAAGGGACUGGAACAUCUCUCCUCUGAGGGAAGGCUGAGAGAGCUGGGACUGUUUAGUCUGGAAAGAGAAGGCUCCAGGGGGAUCUUAUUAAUGUAUAAAAAGACCUGGAGGGUGGGUGCAAAGAUGAUCCAGGCUCAUGCCAGUGGAACCCAGUGACAGUUCCAGAGGCAACGGGCACAAACUGAACACGGGGAACGUGAGGAAACACUUUUUUACCCUGGGGGGGACCAAGCUCUGCCACAGCUUGCCCAGGGAGGCUGUGGAGUCUCCAUCCUUGGAGAUACUCAAAAGCUGCCUGGACACAGCCCUGGGAUCCAGGUGGCCCUGCUUGAGCUGGGGGUUGGGGCAGGUGGACCCUGGAGGUCCCGUCCAGCCUCUGCCAUUCCGUGAUUCUGUGACUCUGUGGUGUCAAAAUUGUAACUGAACCAAAACCUCUCUGCAAAAUCCUUGAUCCUAAUGUAUUUUUAUAUACUUUAUCUGUGCUCUUAAAACACAUUUACCACACAUCUCAUUUAACUUUCCUUCAUCGUUUUUGUGUUUUUCUACUUUUAUUUGGAGCUAAGUGUUACGAGUCACUUGUAAUAAUUUCACUGCUGUAAUAGUCAAAUCUGUGAAACAGAAUAAAAGUCUUGUAAAAUAAAA